AUGCUAGCACGAAACCUCACUUCCGCUUUUUCCGAACAACUCCGCGCUGUCAUGAGUAACAAUAAUUCCCCUCAACAGCAAGUAUUGGAAGAGAUGGAGGACCAAAUAAAAAAUCUGCGAGAACGAAUCGAACACCACCAGGAGAUACCAAAAUCCCAUGAAUCUCAAGAUGGGAACUUGAGGAUGUCACACUCCAGUAAGCGUAAUAAGAAAAGGCGAGAGAGAUCGAGGACCCACACAAGUCUCAACAAGACUGACCCGCGAGAUGACGAAUCUAAAACCGCCUCUCGAGACGCCCGUACCUACCUAGAAAGCAAGAAGCAAAGUGCGUCCGAAAGCGUUCAAUCGCUGGUGGAUAAGAGGAGGGAAGAAAGAAAGAAGGCACAACUCGCGGGAUCUAGCCGUCCCAUCAGUCCCGUCACUAUGUCGCGGAAUGAGGCCGGCAAGAGUAGCCUUCCCGAAGAUCUCAUACCAAUAACCUCCCCGCUGGCUCCGGAGAUACUGAACACUCCCAACCCCGGGAAAAUAAAGAUCCCAAACAUGGCGGCCUUCGACGGAACAUCCUGCCCGGAGGAACACUUGAUGGCCUACAAGAACCUGAUGCUGCUGUACACUACUAACCCAUCAUUGUGGUGCAAAUUCUUCCCAACUACUCUUACUAGAGUAGCUUUGACGUGGUACACCUCUCUUCUAGGGGGAAGUAUCCACAACUUUGCCCAACUAGAAGGAAAAUUCCUGGGUCACUUUGUAGCAUCCAGAAGGCAGGAAAAAUCAAACUUUCACUUGCUUAGCAUAAUGCAAUUGGAAGGGGAAUCCAUAUCAUCAUAUUUGAAAAAGUUCCACGAGGCGGUAUUGGAAGCACAUGACCCUAAGAAACGAAGGUCAGAAAAGAAGGAUUCAAUAUCCAAUCAUUCCUCGAGGAACCGAGAGGAACAUUCAUCAAGGAGGGAUGAAAACUACAUGCCGCGUCGUCCAGAACCUCCGUCAGAUAUGGGGCCUCCACGAUCCAGACACGUAUAUGUCGUUGAAGGGGAGUCCAGGACGCGGAAUUUACUAGAUGGAGGUAACGAUUCGCUGUUCAACCGGAACAGGAAGGACAUAUUCUUCGCCAUCCGGGAUCAGUUGCCAACUCCACCUCUUACUACCACCCCCUUUGAUCGACGCAACUACAAUCUGUGGUGUGAUUACCACAAAGAACACGACCACACUUUGGCCCAGUGCCGCGAACUCAAACGUAACCUAGAUCAACUGGCCGAUGAGCUACUGGCCGAUGAGGAAAAACUGUCCAUGUUUAUCAACCGAAAGGACUAUGACGCUAGAGGAGAAGCGGAAAGGAGGCCGUGGAAUCAAAGACGCAGAUCCCCUAAGAGGGAUAAGGCCAGGCGUGAAAGUUCCAACACACAAGGAACUAUCAAUAUGAUUUUUGGAGGAUACACUGAACAGUAUCCUACCAUCCGCGCCGCAAGAAAUAACGUCCACACUCUGCUAAAAGGGCCUCCAAAAGCCUCAUCAAGCGGACCGACCAUGAUGUUCGAUGCCACUACCUCCCAAACGCUGCAACAACCACAUACUGAACCUCUGGUGGUUACCUUUAAAAUUGGGCAAAUGAAAGUCAAAAGGGUACUGGUAGAUACCGGGAGCACGGCUGAUCUUAUAACAAUGGAAUGCCUGAGAAAAAUGAAGUUCGAAAGAAAAGCACUUACAAACCCUCGAUAA